AUGCUUCUUCGUGAAAAGCUUACUCCAAAGAUUGAGCCACCAAAGAACUUAAAACCACCGUCAGAAUGCGAAAAUCUACCAAUACAUGAUAAGAAUUCAUACGAAGACAAAAGAUUAAAAAUUCUUUUCAUAAUUUUCGGAGUUUUAUUACUUGUUGUUGCAUUCUUCAUCCCAUCAGACGAAGUUAACACUCCUCAUACAGUUAAAUAUGGCGAUUUUAUCGAAGGAGAAAAUUAUUCAAUUAUUGAAUCAAUAAAUGAUAUUCGAUCAGAUAUUCCGACACUAAGAGUUCUUUACAGACACAAUAACCGUGGAUUUAAUGGUCAACGCGAGUAUGAUUUGCAUAUUGAUGUUUAUCGCGAUGGUAGCGAUGAAAAAGCAUUAAAUGGAUCAUACUACAGCCUUGAAAUCAAGCCAAAGACAGAUUUUGAGAUCUAUGCAGACUCACAUCCUGCUUAUAAAUCUCUCAAACUCAAAAUUACAAUUCCAAAGAGAUAUUUCGAUACAACAGCAUCCGCUACAAUAACGGUUUGCAUGGGUAACCACAAAACUGCUAUUAUCAACGUUUGCUACAGAUAUAUCAAUAUUCUUUAUAUUGCUUUAAUGAUGAUCUACAUGGUUACGUAUGUUGGCUUCCAAUGCCCAGAGCACUAUAUUACCUUUGUUCUCAUGUGCGCGGCCGUUUUCUAUAAUGGACCACUUUCAAUUUACAAAUUGUUCCGACCAAACAGGGUUUACAUCAUCGGAACUAUGGUCCUUGACAAUGCAUUCGGUGGUGUACUACUCUUUUCCACACUCUCCAUCUUCACACUCUCAAGGCCUUGGGCCCCAGAGUUAUUAGAAGGAAAUGUCGCCAUUGCAUGGAUUUUCUUUGUCGUUACUACAUUUUUCAAGGCAUUACCAGGUAUCUUGAAGCUCUUCGGCGAACUUUCCCUUUCAAAUUCCGAUGGAAUUCCAACUUUACAUAUCGUUGGAACAAUUUUAGGUGGAAUUUUCGCUUUUUCACUCUUUGUUACACAGUAUAAAGAGUACAGAGCUGUUCCUAACAACUUCAGAUACAGGUUCUGGACAUGCAUUGAGUUUGCAGCUGGUUUCGCCGUUUUCUAUACAGUUGUUGUCUUAUUAGAACAAUUACUUAGUCUGAUUUCGGAAGGAAGCGCCGAAUUCUUAAGGCUUGGCAUGGUUACAGGUACCUCAAUGAUAUAUUGCUCGCUGUUUGUAAGCAGAAAGCUUGCACCAUUUAAUUUCUUCCAUAAUGAAGAUGAAAAGUAUAAAUUAGAAUAA